GAUUCUGCCUGCGGACCGGCUAACACAUAAAUUUCAUUGUGCUCCACAAGGUUUUGGAUUUUUUUCACAAGAAGAAUUCGUGAAGAUUUGUCAAAAGGGUCAAAAGAAAUUGAAAACGUGGUAUUUUUUCCCGGAAAUAUUACAGGGAAAGCAAGGAAAUUCAGGAGUGAUUUUUAGCUGCGUUUUUAUCCCCACUGGCUCAUCAAGUGAAAAUUUUAAUUAAUAAAAGAUCUAAUAAGAAGCAGGAAUUUCAGCAUUAAGGAUAAUUCAGCAGGAAGUUGUAUUAUCGUGAUAAGAAAAUGGCCAGUACUCUUGUGGUUUCAUCGCCCAAUGUUAAGUACACUGAGGACUUUAUUGAAGCAUCUUACGAAUACAGUAGUACUACUGUAAAUCGCCUUGCGGAUGGAACACUCAAGGUAGAGCCUCAGGUGACAAGCCUUAAGAUUCAGACGGAACGCAAGGUGCCACGUCUGGGACUUAUGCUCGUCGGUUGGGGUGGAAAUAAUGGAUCCACGUUAACAGCAGCACUUGAGGCAAACCGUAGGCAUCUUGUAUGGCGUACAAAGGAUGGUAAGCAAGAGGCAAAUUGGUUUGGAUCCAUCACGCAAUCUUCAACGAUUCUCCUUGGCACCGAUCAAUAUGGGCAGGAUACGUACAUUCCUAUGAAUCAAAUCAUUCCCAUGGUAAAUCCAGAUGAUAUUGUCAUCGAUGGAUGGGAUAUAAGUUCAAUGAAUCUCGGUGAUGCAAUGAAAAGGGCAAAAGUGCUAGAUGUGGCCCUACAGGAUCAGGUAUACAAGCAGCUUUGCUUGUUAAAGCCACGUCCUGCUAUUUAUGAUCCCGAUUUUAUUGCCGCAAAUCAAUCUGAACGAGCGGACAAUGUUAUCGAAGGUACGCGGUAUGAGCAGUAUCAGCGUGUCCGUCAAGAUAUUCGGGAUUUUAGACAUUCCACCGGUGUUGAGGAAGUCAUUGUGCUGUGGACAGCCAAUACUGAGCGUUUCUGUGACGUUACUCAGGGGCUCAAUAGUACAGCUGAUGAACUCGAAAGGAGUGUCAAAGCAAAUCGCUCCGAAAUAUCUCCAUCAACGAUUUUUGCAAUGGCCAGCAUUGCUGAAGGGUGUACAUACAUAAAUGGAUCUCCACAGAAUACUUUUGUUCCGGGAGUUCUGGAGCUAGCUGAACGGCAUGGAGUUUUCAUCGCGGGAGAUGACUUCAAGUCUGGUCAAACAAAACUGAAAUCUGUUCUUGUGGAUUUUCUCGUGGGUGCGGGAAUCAAGCCCGUCUCGAUUGUAAGCUACAACCACCUCGGAAACAACGAUGGUUACAAUCUCUCAGCACCGAAGCAAUUUCGCUCAAAAGAGAUCUCAAAAAGUAAUGUUGUCGAUGACAUGGUAUCUUCGAAUUCAAUCCUAUACGGUGAAGGAGAGCAUCCCGAUCAUACUGUCGUCAUAAAGUACGUCCCCUACGUUGGGGACAGCAAGCGUGCCAUGGAUGAGUACACCAGUCAAAUUAUGAUGGGUGGUCAUAACACAUUGGUCAUUCACAAUACCUGCGAGGAUAGCCUCCUGGCAGCACCACUUAUCCUCGAUCUUGUUAUCUUGGCUGAACUCUGCUCUCGUAUCAAGGUCAAAAAAGAUGAACCGAAUGCCCAUUUUGUGCCCUUCAGGAAUGUUUUGUCACUCCUGAGCUACCUCUGUAAGGCUCCUCUUGUGCCUCACGGCACCCCAGUGAUCAAUUCGCUAUUCAGGCAGAGAGCUGCCAUUGAAAACAUUCUAAGAGCAUGUGUUGCACUACCACCCAACUCACAUAUGAGUCUCGAACACAGAGUAAGUGAAAUUUAUGUUUUUUUUUUCUUCUUCGUAGGAGUGAACGCGCAUAUUCGGACUUUAAAGCUUCAAUUUUUUUUUAUAUUGCAAAAUUAUUCAAUCAAUUUUAUUUACAAAGACAUCUCUUUAAUUUUAGUCUACUCUUUUAAUUUCAGUUUAAUUUGGAGAACAACGCCGAACCACCGCGAAAAAAGUUAAAGGCUACAAAUGGAAUUACAAAUAAUGGGACAAAGAAUUAAUUUUUUCUUAACUUCACAUGAGAAAAAGCAAAAUAACGUGAAAAAUUUAUUAUUUUUGACAAAUUUUCCUCGUAAAGAAAAGUAUUUCUGUUUAUUUUAUACCACAUGAUUUUCUUUAAAAAAAAUUAUAUUGGGGAAGUGGUAUUGCUGAAAUUAUUAGGAAUAUAAAAUAAUUUGGGAUCAUUGAGAUAGUUUAAACUUUGUAUUCUCAUAUGUGUUUCUAAUUUCAAUCUAUACGAGAGAUGAGUACUCAGCAAUAUUAUUUCUUAUUCAUUUAUAAAUUCUUUUAAGUUUAUACUUACAUACAUAUAUGCAGGUAUAUCGUGGAUCUUACACAUUUUUUCAUUUAUUUUUUAUAUUUACUAAAAAUGGGCCUUAUUCAGCGACCAAGAAACCCUUGAAAUUCGCUUGAAAUCUUGAAAUUACAGUACAAAAUUUAAAGAUUUCAAUGGUUUCUUGGUCGCUGAAUUAGGCCCAAUAUUUGUAUUAAUUAUAGAAUUUUUUUCUUGUAAUAUCCAUCGAUAGUAAUUUUCAAUGAAAAAAAAACAUUCAAAAUUCAGUAAAAUUCAUUUUUGAUUGAGAAUGUAUUGGGGAAUAAAUUUUUAUGACGACUCUUUUGAGAACAAAAAUUAUACCAUUUGUAUAUACUAUGAAUAUUACUACGUAAAAAAUAUACAUAAUAAUCCGUAGUAGUGGGUAAUGAAUUUUUAUGAUAACAAAUAGCGUCAAAUUGAUUGAGAAAGAGACACAGAAUUCAUUUAAAUCAGCAACAUUAUGUAUUUCCAUGGUACCUACCUUGUGCAUGAAUUCACAAGUUUUAUGGAGCUUUUGAUUUUUUUCUACCCUUAGAAGACGAAAAAACAUACGAAAAGGUAAUAAAAUUGUUUAAAAAAGAAAUAAUUUGUAGUUUUGAGUAAGAAAACUAUUUCACUGAGGUCCCAAAGUAAACACAUAAAUGCACGUAACGAAUUGUAUGAAAAUGCUCUCAAUAAAGCUGCAUGAUAAGACGUUGGCAAGUAACUACGUAUGCGGCAUUUAAUAAAAUUGUUUAUAGGAUUUUGUGAAAAGAAACUCAAGUUUACAGAAUCUGUAAAUGAGAUUUUCUCCAAAAAUGCCAUAUCUUACUUACCUGCAUAUAUGUUUACUUUGAGCCCCAGUGUAAUUUUAUCACUGAUGUAAAACCAUUAUUUUGAAGAUUUAGUCAAUAAAAAUAAUAAAUGAGAAUAAA